AUGCCAUCCAAAUCCGGCUUAAUGUACUACAUCACUGUGACCCGCGAGGUCGACGCUCCCAUCGGUGAGCUCUGGGGUCUUGUAGCUGGCUUCGGUGCGGAAAAGGCAUGGUAUCCGGGAGCAAAAUCCGUUUCUCUCGCAGGAUUCGGUAUCGGAAGCCUCCGUACCUUUUCUUACGUCUACCCCUCCUGGCCAAAAAAGGACGAAGAGUAUUCUUUCUCAGAGGAGCUUACCGAAUGCAGUGCUCCGAAAUACUCCAUGACCUUCCGAGUCUGUAGGCCAGACUAUCCAGACAUGGUCGCCUUUGGUACGACCGCGCUGACCUCGCUUGGACCCAACAAGACCCGCUUCGACUGGAAAUGCUGA